UUAGCUCAUAAGUUUAAAUUUAAUACCAAAAUGGCAAACUUAGUGUCCGCUUCAGACAAGGUGAUUCUUCAUAACUUCGAGCACAAAGAAGGGGUCUUACAGAUGUCCCCUCACGACUCAAAUUAUGUCAAUGGAUGCACUUGGAGUUCCAAUGGACAAGUAGUAGCUACAUGAGGAGAUGAUGGCUGUGUCAUACUUAGUAAUGCCCGCACUGGCAGAAAAACCUGGACAUUUAGAAAUGAUAGAUACCCUCUCCUGUGAGCAGCCUUCUCCAAAACAGAUGAGUACAUUGCUACAGGAAGUGAUGGUGGCCAGAUCCAAAUUUGGGACAUCCCUAAUCGUAAACUUGACUUUGAAGUUGUCGAUGAUGAAAUGGAAGGGAUCACUUGUAUUGCUUGGAAAAUAGACUCUAAAAUCUUAAUAGCUGGCUCAGAUAAAGGUAUACUCUAUAUUAUAGAUACACAGAGGAAGAUGAUUAAAGAAACUCUUCAACACGACUCAGAACCAAUUCGAUGAUUAAGCUUUUCAAAAUUCAAGCAUGAUUUAGUAGCAACUGGAGGUGAUAAUGGACAUGUCAUAGUAUGGGAUAUUGAGAACUUUGAGCUCUAUCACAUAUUUGAUAACUCACCACAUUCAAAACCUUGAACAGGGAUAAUUUUCUCACCUACAAAUGAGCUUCUGAUGUGUUCUUGAGGGCUAGACUCAAAAAUCCAAUUUUUCGAUAUAGAGGAUAAGAAAUAAUGUAAAAACUAUUGAAGCACCAGAACCUUUAUCUGCCCUCUCUUUCCACUCGGAUGGAAUAAACAUUGCAGCUGGGUCUGAUAAAGGAUUUAUUUACAUUUACUUCCUCAGAACUUCUGAUGUUAAGUACAUUCUUGAAGGCCAUGAAGGGAAUCCGAUCAGAUCUCUUGAAUUUAAACGCCCAGAUAAUCUUACCAAAAAGCUGAAGUCUAAGAAAAAGGAAGCCGAUAAAUCAAAAAUCAGGUCAUACGAGGAACUUAAAUCAGAAACUAGAUCAAAAACCCAUGCUGAGAGAAGAGCCAAGAACAAAGUUGAGAGCAAAAAGAUUCCUAUGAAAACAAACAACAGAGCUGAGGUAAAGGUCACAAGAGAGCUAAAGAACAAGUCAAACAACGGAAUCCAGAAAAUAAUAGAGGAGGGUGAGGAACAAACCUUCUCUUCAGCUGAUGUCGAAAUGGAAGAUGACAAAGAUUCCUCCAUUGGUUUUGAAGGUCCAUACGUGGGUCCUAUCUUCACCUCAAAGCAAAAGAAAUAUCUCUCCUCUCUCAUCGAUGAGAAGCUCAUCUCCCACGAAUCUGAACUAGCAGGCUACUUCUCAAACCUUCAAGUCGAGAUGCUGAGACAAUUCAUUAUCCAAAAAGAUGAAUUAGAGGCCUUAAUAAAGCAAUCUCUUUAA